AUGGCAACAUUCGGCAUUGACAAUCUACGAGCAUCUGUAAUUGAUGGUAGAUCCGACAACGUUAGAUACAGACAAAAUGAGCUUCAGAGUCUCCAUAAAGUUCUGCGAAACAAUGUCGACAGGAUCACAUCAGCAAUCUCAGAAGAUUUCUUCGGUCACGUUCGAAAAAUCGAUACUGAAGCCCUAUGCGUGUUCUACCUUGCUUCUGACCUUGGUGACACAACUUCAAAAGUUGACAGCAUCUUGAAAGAAUUGUUACCCCAAGCCCUAAACAACGACACAUUUUAUAUCUCAUCGAGUAAUCUACGAGACUCUUUGAUUCUUGAAUCGGCACUAAUAGUCGAUCAAACAUGCAAUUCUUCGACCCCGAACAUUAAUCAACUCAUCUCAAGGUCAACAGAUCGAAUAAUUGCAGUUGUUGAUCGAACAGCAGACAUUGAAAGUGCAACAGAAUCUAUUGUCACUGCUCGAUUUUCCUUUCAAGGAACUUCGUCAUAUAGUCCUGACUUAGUCAUCGUCAAUGACUUCAUCAAAAGUGAUUUUAUAGAAGCUUGUACGAGAUAUGCGAGCGAGUUCUUUUCCUCUCAUAGCAGUAGCCAAAAUAGACAGAACGAUGGAAUCUCUGCCACCAAAAAGGCACUCAAGGAUGCUGAAAUCAAAAAGCAAAUCCCGACCUUUGGAUCCAACAACUUUGUUCUUGUUGAUGUUGUGGAUAGGGCUUCGACCAUUACAGAGAUGAAAAUUGGCGGCUGCCACCUACUAAUUACGGGAACUACAAGUUUAGUGGAUGCCAUAAUGACGCAAAAAUCAAAAUCUUCAUUACUCGCCUUGUACAUCUUUUCAGACAAGUCAACCGCAAAGUUUCUCGCUCAAUAUUUCAAUGCCAGCACCACUUACAUAAAUCAUAUUCCUCUGCACCUCCUCGUGGGACCCGCUGCUCCCUCAACACCACUUCCAAUUCCUGCGUUUCACAAAUAUAGCGUGGAGAUAUUUUCAUCUCCGUGUCCGCAAUAUAUUGCUCUUCCGCCCGAAGAAUUCUUGCUUCUUGAUAAGGUUCUUACAGGAGGAUCAGAUAGUCAUGAGCUUCUCAAAAAGACUAGAAACAUGGCUGUAAAGGCACUGCAGGAAACGGGUCAGGCUCCCGGUCAUGCCAUUGGAUUUUUUGAACAGGGUAUUAUGUUGGGUGGUGGUUUAUUUCUGUCGGUUGCUGUUCCGACUUUGGGGUAUAUAUCUUGGGUUGGAGGAAGGUCUGCUUGGGGUAUCAUUUGGAGACUGUGGGCGGCUAAAGCUUGA